AGCCCUCCCGUCAUAGUGUUUGGGACCACCGUUCGGUGGGCCACGUCCUUUUCUUCUUCUUCUGGCGUACGGUGCUCGCUCGCGACCUCUGCCAACGACUCCUCCUUAAAACUCUUCUUCUUUCCUCUCUGGCCCUGCUCCGAGUUGAUCUUUGCGUCCGCUGUCAGCAAGCGCGUCCUCCCCGCCAUGCGGACGUCAGCAGGGCUCUUGCUUCUCGUAGUGGCCACUGCGUCAGCCAGUGCCACUUUCGAUAAAGCCUUGACGACAUCGCUGAAGUCAGGAUUCCGCCAGGAUGACAUCUUCUUCACCUUUAGGGACGUCGCCGCCCGCCGGAGGGCGACGGCCGUGUCCGACGGACACCAGGUCCUCCUGUCGGCCGCCUUCCCGUCUCACAACCGCUUCUCCGUCGCUCUCGAUCGCGCUAACGGCCGGGUAAACAUCGACGUGACCCUCCACGGAGACACGUCCGUGAAAUCUGUGGCGGCGCCCACCAUCAAACCCCACUCCAAAGUGAGGUCCCUCCUGCUGCAGAUCAACCAGAGGGCGUCUCAGGCGGGCGUCUACGUCGACUGCAAGUUCCUCGGGUCCUUCGACCUGCCCGCCGCUCCAAGGAACAUGACGGAGAACCUGGAGGACCUGAGAGUGUACCGGGAGCGACACCUCGACGUAUCCGUGGACUGGGAGACGACCGUCCUCCGACUCCUGGAGAAGCUGGGUUGCCCUACUGACGAAGAGACGGGAUCCGUCCAGGCACAGGCUAAUGAGGUCUAUACCUACAGACGAGCUGUGAGGUGUCAGAACCUACAGUACGGGGAACCUUGUCCCACUUUCACGCAGCCCAUCACCCUUCGUGACCGAGGAGACAUACCUAUGAUGCACGAAGAGGAGACAAGUACUUUGUUGGUCAAGACUCUCACCGAGCUCAUAGAAACCAUUAAAGAGUUACAAGUGGAGAUUCAGACACAGCGUGAAGAAACUAUCCUCCUGCGCGACGCCAUCCUGAACUGCGAAGCUUGCAAACCUGACAACGACCCCUGUUCGCCUAAUCCUUGCUUCCCUGGAGUGGCUUGCACCCCUGGACCGGAAGGACCCAGGUGCGAUAGCUGUCCGAGAGGCUACAUAGGCGACGGCCGGGAUUGCGUUCCAGGAGUCACUUGCGCCGACCGCCCUUGCGCCAGAGGAGUGAGGUGUUACGACACGUCAGACGGGUAUCGGUGCGGACCCUGCCCUCCCGGACAGACUGGGGAUGGAGAGAUAUGUAAUCCUAUCAGUGCAUGCGACCCAAAUCCUUGCUUCCCUGGGGUCCAGUGCUCCAACACCAACAUUGAUCCAUAUUUCCGCUGUGGUCCCUGUCCACCCGGCUUCACUGGUAAUGGCUCUACUUGCAGGGAUAUGGACGAGUGUGACCUAGCCAUGCCAUGUGACCAAAGAGUCAGAUGCACCAACAUGCAACCCGGGUUCAGGUGUGAUCCUUGUCCCGCUGGUUUCACUGGAUCCCCAGGUCUGCAGGGCAUUGGCCUCCAGUUCGCUCAGCAGAAUCGACAAACGUGUUACGACAUAAAUGAAUGUAAUGACCAAAACAAUGGAGGUUGUGUGGCACAUUCUCAGUGUCAUAACACAGAGGGGUCCUACUAUUGUGGAGAUUGCAUUGACGGAUUUGUUGGAAACCAGACAAUGGGCUGCCAUAAUCGACCUGGUCUAUGUCCCGACGGAAGACAGUGUCAUGUAAACGCUGACUGUAUCAAGCCAUUUGGACUGAACUCCUACGUUUGCAAGUGCAAAGUUGGCUGGGCUGGUGAUGGGGAAUCAUGUGGUCCAGAUCGAGACUUGGAUGGCUGGCCUGACUUCGACCUAGGCUGCGAUGAUCCCCGCUGCCGUCAGGACAACUGUGUCCAGACUCCAAACUCUGGCCAGGAAGAUUCAGAUGGAGACAGAAUUGGAGAUGCUUGUGAUGAUGAUGCUGAUAAUGAUGGUAUUCUCAACAGUCCAGACAACUGCCCUCUGAUAUCCAAUCCAGACCAGAAGGAUACUGACCCAUCCGGUCCUGACAAGCAGGGAGAUGCUUGCGACAAUUGCCCCACCAUUCCAAAUCUUGAACAGGAAGAUAACGAUAAGGACGGAAUUGGUGAUGCUUGUGACCCAGAUAUCGACAACGAUGGGGUACCCAACCGUCAAGAUAAUUGCCCAAAGACUCCAAACCCCAACCAGAAAGACACCGACCGUGACGGUCUGGGAGACGCGUGUGAUAAUUGUCCAGAUGUACGCAAUCCAAGCCAAGAUGAUAUCGACAAAGACUUAAUCGGUGAUGCUUGCGAUACCGAUGUUGAUCGUGACAGAGAUGGCAUCCAAGACGACAUGGACAACUGCGUAGACACACCGAACAGUGAUCAGCACGACGCCGACAAUGACGGGAAAGGUGACCAGUGCGACCCUGACGCAGACAACGAUGGCAUUCCCAACGAAGUCGACAACUGCUGGCUCAUCUACAACCCGGACCAGAAGGACUCCGACAGUGAUGGCAGAGGUGAUGCUUGUCUCGACGAUCAGGAUGGAGACGAUUUCCUGGACUUCCAAGAUAACUGUCCCAAUAAUUCGAGGAUUUAUGCAACAGAUUUCAGAACCUAUCAAACGGUGGUGCUGGAUCCUGAGGGUGACGCCCAAAUUGAUCCUAACUGGGUCAUUUACAAUAAGGGAGCUGAAAUCGUUCAGACAAUGAACUCCGAUCCUGGUCUUGCUGUUGGUUAUCACAUGUUUGGAGGUGUUGACUUCGAAGGUACAUUCUUUGUUGAUACAGAGAUUGACGACGAUUAUGUAGGGUUUAUAUUCAGUUAUCAGGACAAUUCCCGCUUCUAUACGGUCAUGUGGAAGAAAAAUACCCAGACCUACUGGCAGGCUACGCCAUUCCGAGCUGUUGCUGAACCUGGUAUCCAGUUGAAGAGAGUCUCGUCUGACACUGGUCCCGGACAGAUGAUGAGAAAUUCACUGUGGCACACAGGAGACACAGAGGAUCAGGUGAAACUGUUGUGGAAGGAUCCCCGUAACGUUGGGUGGAAGGAAAAGACAGCUUAUCGCUGGUUGUUGCUGCAUCGACCAAAGAUCGGUUUGAUUCGACUCAGAAUUUUCGAGGGCGAGAAUAUGGUGGCGGAUUCUGGCAACAUUUUCGACAACGAGCUUCAAGGAGGCCGUCUGGGUGUCUUCUGCUUCUCGCAAGAAAUGAUCAUUUGGUCAGAUCUUGUGUACCGAUGUAAUGACCACGUUCCUGAGGCCAUAUACAACCAACUACCACCACGCCUCCAACGUCAAGUGGAGAUUGACGUCAGCAGGCCUGUUCCCAAUGGACUUUAGUGUUGGAGAUGCAUCAGAAGGAGUCAAUCUUUCGUUGUCAGUUUAUCAAGAUUUGGCCUUUUUCCUUGCUCACAACCAAAUGAAAGGAAGUUCCAACUGUCAAAAGAUAGAAAGACUGUUCAGUAUGUACUACUCAUCAACCAGCCUAAUACGCGCAAAUAAGUGCAAUGAGCCAAAACAUUUGUUUUUAAAGGAAAAUUUAAUUUGAUACAGAUGUCUUCAAAAUAUAUCUGCAUCGUCGUUCUUAAAAACACUGGUAACUCAAAUGUAUUGCAAAUUACACUAAAAACCGAAAACCGUAUAAAAUACAGCAGAUGCUAGUUAUCCUAGUAGUGAAUUCCAGUACAAGAAAUUAUAAAGAAAACGAACUUUCCAGCAUCGCUUAUGUGGUACGUUGGUGUAUACUGCAGGAUUGGAAAUACGUCAUCAAUUAAACAGAAGGUAGUAAAUAUGUACAUUUUGAGGGUAGGGUUUUCACAUGUAAAUAGCUUGACUUUUAACCGGUCUUUGAAAAAAAAUGUGUGCUUGUUCUAAAAUGUCAGAACCCUCGCUUUUGUAUAGUUAUUCACUAUCGCUUCGAAGCCCCUUUUGAUCUACACGGCAUUUCUGAUUAAACCUUCGGUAUUUCUCACAAACAUUACGAUAACCCCGACUUCAUCCUUCUCAUAAUCAUUUGGUACUUAAUUAUUUUUUCUUGUUGCUAGCCAACGUAUGGUUUAAUUUGUCAGUUGCUAGACAGUGGUAAAAUCCACGCUUAUGAAUGGGUUUAUAUAAUAUGGACGGUUAAAGGAAAGGUUAAUCCCAGUAAUAACGCUUUUUCUAGGUGUUGUGAAACUAAGACUAGACCAGUAUUGGGAUGGUCAGUGUUUCAUGUACUUGAUUGUGGUAACACUUCCAUUGUCCAGGGAUCAGUUGAAGUGAUUUAAUUGCAUUUCUCCCGAAUAUAAUUUGAUUUUCAUAACGAUAUUCACAACAUUCUUAGGGUGCUCAUUUCAUGAUUAUCAUUAAUAGGAUAUUUGUAUCAUUUUCCAAGGCGUCAUGCUGAUUGUAUGAAAAAUUUAUUUCGCUGAAUGAAAUCGGGGAGUUUUUGGUAAUUUCCAAAGCAGAUAUUCUAUGUCCUGAAAAAGUCAGCUGAUUCCUGGACAAUGCUAUUGGACAGCAAGUCACUGCCGUGGUAGGUUGCCAAAGAUUGCCAGAAAAUGAUUGAUAACAUCCAGUACGUGUAUGAUAUUCUGUUGUGAAAGUGAUCAGUGCUUGGCGCAGUGGAUUCAGCAGAUUAUAAAUGUCUAUAGUCGAUAUCAUUGUCAUCAACGGAGGAUGCUGAGCAGCCAGUAACGUUUAGCUUCAAUGAUAUUAGCUGCUGAUAUUUACCGUCAACUACAAAAGAAUGGGUAAAUCCACUGUUGCAUCCAUUUUUACAGUUGUAACCUACCUUUACUAUAAGAAUAUGUUGCUAUCUUUUCGUGAAUAUAACGACUGUUAUUUUUCCCCUCUUUUACGUCUAAUCCACACGUGGUUACUCCACGAAGAUUUUUCUUUUCUAUUUUUCUAGGACAUGUAUUUAUAGUAAUUUAAAAUAGUUGCCUGUUAUGUCUACUGCAAGCACUUUCAAGUGCUCAUUGACACGCCAUAACAAUUCUGUUGCUGUUGCAACGCUUGUCAUCUGUUCACUCAGCUUUGUCGUUUACUCAUUUAUUUACAAAUUACGUUAAUCAUUCUGAACAUAUUGUCUCUGGUAGUUUGUGACAAAUCUUUGUUAACUAUUUAUGGACUUUUUUAGAAUAAGUAUUAAGUGAAUCAUUUCAUUGGGGAAGUCACUUGACACUCAGUGAGGCACUAUUGGUCAGAAGAAGAAUCGGUGGAGUUUUGGGCUGGAGAAGCAUUGGAAAGUAGUUGCUAAUAUAUAAGGCGACGUAGCCUUCUUUAGAGAUGCUUUCUUAAGGUUUCCAGAAAUUCGUAGUAAACUACAAACUCUUUAAUAUGAAUCGUAAUAGAUUUAAAUGGGACAAUUUUAGAAGAGGUUGUAAAUUGUCUGACCUAAAGUGUUUAAAAUUAUAUUCCUCUCAAUGCAAUAACUAUUAUUAUUAUUAUUAUUAUUAUUAUUAUUAUUAUUAUUAUUAUUAUUAUUAUUAUUAUUAUUAUUAUUAUUUACCCAAGUUGGAAAUACAGAACGUUUUUAUAAAUAUUAAAAUUCUUAGUAGGUCAUUCAUGGUCAAGUAAUUCUUUGUAGUAUGGUUAGUCAUUUACUUAUCUAGUUGGCCGAACUGUAAGGGCAGUAAAAGCAUUACGUAUGAUCUAAUCUGAAUUAUUUUAUAAUAUAUAUUAAUCACUACAUAUCAAAUUAUAUAAAUAAUUCUGCUAACAUUCACUAAUGUAUAAAUUUUACUUCGUCCUACACUUACAAAAAAAACAAUAAAAUAUUAAAA